AUGGUUGAUUUACACUGGAAAUUAAACAUGCCAAAUUCCGACAUGCCUUCCAAAUCUCCAAAACUCUCUAUCUCCGACAAGUCCUCCUCCUCACCGCGUAACUCCCUACCCUUGUUGCAACCACCUUCAAUCACGAAUGAUAUCUCGGCCGCGGCGCCUCCUCUUUGCGCGGCUUACGAUUACUAUCUCCGCCUCCCGGACCUCCACAAGCUUUGGGAAUCAAGAGAAUUUCCAAACUGGAACAACGAACCAGUCCUAAAACCUGCUUUGCAAGCUCUCGAAAUCACGUUCCGUUUCAUCUCUACGGUUCUCUCCGACCCCAGACCCUAUACGAAUCGUUCAGAAUGGAAUCGCAGACUCGAAUCCAUCGCCACGCAGCAGAUUGAGAUUAUCGCCAUGCUAUGUGAAGAUGAAGAACAAAACCCCGAGACACGUGGCACAGUACCAACCGCUUAUCUCAGCAGCGGCGAUAGCAAAAGCAGAAGCUACAGCGAGACGAGUCUCCUUCCACGGCUUGCCACGUGGUACAAAUCAAAGGACGUGGCGCAGAGGAUUCUUCUCUCGGUGGAAUGUCAAAUGAUGAGGUGUUCUUAUACGCUAGGUUUGGGUGAACCGAACCUCGCUGGAAAACCGAGCCUAAGAUACGACGCCGUUUGCAAGCCGAACGAAGUUCACACGCUGAAAACGACGCCGUACGACGAUCGUAUCGAGAACUACGAGAAUCACGCGGUGCACGCGACUCAUCAGAUCGUUGAGUCGUGGAUCCACGUAUCACGGAAGCUUCUGGAAAGAAUCAGCGACGCGAUUGAGGGGAGAAGGUUGGAGAAAGCGUCGGAGGAUUGUUACGCGGUGGAGAGGAUCUGGAAGCUUCUUUCUGAUAUUGAAGACGUUCAUCUGAUGAUGGAUCCAGCUGAUUUCUUGAAGCUGAAGAAUCAGUUAUCCAUGAAAUCGUCAUCAUACGAAACGGCGGCGUUUUGCAUGCGGUCGAAGGAGUUGGUAAACGUGACGAAGAUGUGUAGAGAUUUGCGGCAUAGAGUGCCGGAGAUAUUGGAAGUGGAGGCGGACCCUAAAGGUGGACCAAGGAUUCAAGAGGCGGCGAUGAAGCUGUAUGUGGCGGAGAAGAUGAGUGGGUUCGAGAAGGUUCACUUGUUGCAGGCUAUGCAAGCUAUUGAAGUUUCUAUGAAGAGAUUCUUCUAUGGUUACAAGCAGGUGCUGACGGUGGUGAUGGGGAGUUCUGAAGCGAAUGGAAACCGAGUUGGGUUGAGUUGCGACGGCGGUGACUCGUUGACUCAUAUGUUUCUUGAGCCCACUUAUUUUCCAAGUUUGGAUGCUGCUAAGACUUUUCUUGGAUACUUUUGGGAUAAUGAUAACAAAUGGGUGUGA